GAACGAAAUCCACAAUGUCUCCCAUCGUCAAAGAAGCCAAUGCGCCCGACGCGCUCGAAACACUCCCUAUGCUCUCGACUUCCCCGGAGAACCAUCCACCUGUCCCUCAACCCGUCUGGUACUUCGCAUAUGGGUCUAACAUGGCCUCAUCCACAUUCAUGGGCAUGCGCAAGAUCAAGCCCCUCUCGCACCACCGUGCAAUCGUCCCGACACAUAAAUUGACUUUCGACAUCCCUGGAAUCCCCUACAAGGAGCCGUCAUUUGCGUCGAUUGACGAGAAGGGUGAAGGUGGUAUGGCGUGUAUCGGUGUCGUGUACGAGAUCACCCGCGAAGACUACGAGCGGGUACUCGCCACCGAGGGAGCUGGGAGCUCAUAUGCGGAGAUCGAGGUGGAGGCCUACAAGCUGGUUGGAAACGAGGAGAAAGCUCCAGCUGACAUCGUAAAGGACGAGAAGAACUUCGUCAAGGCCAUGACACUGAAAGCAAUCCGCAUCCGAAAGCCGAACCCAAGACCAAGUGUCAGAUACCUCAACAUCCUCCGCGACGGCGCCGCCGAACACAAGCUCCCCGAAGCAUAUGCCUCCUGGCUCGCCUCACUACCAGCCUACCACCCACCAACUCGUCCCCUUCGAGCUGUCGUCGGAAAGUACAUCUUUCUCACAGUCUGGAUGCCAGUAGUGAUGGUCAUCUUCACCCUUCUGCGGACGACUACGGGGAAGAGCGGAAAAGCACCGGGAUGGCUGAGAUGGUUGGCGGAGAGGACAUUCAGGACUAUGUGGAGGUGGCAUGAUUCGCACUUCUGGAGGACUGUCUUUGGGAGGGGGGAUGGGCUGGAGGAGAAGCAGUUUGAUGACGAGAAGGUUGUUCUGGUCAUAUAGAUCGCUGCGGAAACAGACGGCGGCGCCGCAGGUGAAGGAAGC